AUGUCGAACACCAAGAACAUCCCAGGCGUUCCCCAACCAAAAAAGAAAAUCGAGCUCUUCUCCUCCACCUACUUCGGCGCCUGUACCAUCGGCGGCAUCAUUGCCUGCGGCCCCACUCACACAGCCGUCACACCUCUCGAUCUCGUAAAAUGCCGCCGUCAAGUCGACCCCAAGAUCUACUCUAGCAAUUUCCAAGCCUGGGGCAAGAUCUUCCGCGCGGAAGGCGUACGCGGAGUCUUCUUCGGAUGGGCACCGACCUUCAUAGGAUACAGUUUUCAAGGAGCUGGGAAGUAUGGAGCAUACGAGGUAUUCAAGUACUACUAUGGAGAGAAACUGUUCCCGAAUACACCGAAGACGAUUGUCUAUCUGGGUGCUAGUGCGACGGCUGAGUUCAUUGCCGAUAUGUUCUUGUGUCCGUUUGAGGCUAUCAAGGUUCGAAUGCAGACGACCCUGCCUCCGUACGCGAACAAUUUGAGGGAAGGAUGGAGUAAGAUUGUGCAGAACGAGGGAUUCGGAGGGCUAUACAAGGGACUGUAUCCACUGUGGGCGCGACAGAUUCCUUACACGAUGGUCAAGUUUGCGACGUUUGAGUCUGCCGUUGCGCAGAUCUAUCAGACCCUGGGCAAACCGAAGGAGAGCUACAACAUUCUGCAACAGACCGGCGUCUCGUUCCUGGGAGGCUACAUUGCAGGAAUUGGAUGUGCCGUGGUGUCGCAUCCGGCAGACGUGAUGGUCAGCAAGCUCAAUGCAGAUCGCAAACCAGGUGAGGGAGCUGUUACUGCCAUUGGAAGGAUAUACAAGAACAUCGGCUUUUCGGGACUCUGGAAUGGUCUGCCAGUGAGAAUCGUCAUGAUCGGAACACUCACUGCCUUCCAAUGGCUCAUCUACGACAGUUUCAAGGUGUAUCUGGGCUUGCCGACCACUGGUGGACAUUAG